AUGGCGUCCUCAAAGGACGGGAUUGCGAGCCGCCUACCUGCAGCUGACGACGCCGUCCUUCGGAGACCAGCCCUCCCGGGGUCGCCAUCGAUGCCGCUCGAAGCCGAGCCCUCGAGCUCCCUGGCAGAGCCCUUCCCGCGCCUGUCCAUGUCGACACCGACUCGACUGCUGCUAGGAUCCGUGUCGUCCGGCAUCGUGGGAUUCACGCUGGGGGCCAUGCAGGGCGGCCAGACGGCGCAGCUACGGUUCCGGGCGGAGCACGCCCACAAGAUGCCCGACACGACGGCUGGCUGGUACUUUUACCACAAGUCCAAGAACUACCACGCCAUGCAGGGCGGCAUCCGCGAGGGGUUCCGCAUGGCGGCCAGGACGGGCCUUUGGAGCUUCGUCGCGCUGGGGCUCGAGAGCACAGUGGAUCGAUACCGCGGGUGCAGCGACAUGUUCUCGACAACGGUCGCGACGCUCAGCGUUGCGGGUGCGUUUUCGUUGUGGCACCGAUUCUCGCUGUCGACUGCCGGGCGGACGGCCAAGCUGGGGCUGCUGUUUGGGCUCGCAUACGGGGGUGUCCAGGACCUGGUCGGCUUAGCCCGCGGCAGACCGAUUGGGUACGUCGAGAUUGUCCGACGCCGGUUUGGGGCCGCGUCGCGCAACCCCGACGAGACUGCAGGACGAGGCGGCGGCGGCAGCGGAGAGCGGGCCGGGCAGGCGUGAGCCCCGUCCGUUGUUUUGCAUCGACAACGAGCGAGCGAGCGAGCAGCGAGCCAGCCGGGUCAGGUGGGGAAACCAGGCUGGGCUGGGCUCUGUUUUUUUUUUCUUCACAUCACGAUGGCUUCCUCCACCCAACCCCAGCCAGCCCAGGCAGCACGAGUCGAAACGCCGAUGCCAUGCGUUGCGAGGUCGGCGGGCGUGUCGGACGAUUCGGGAGUGGCUGGGCGGCCCCGACGGUGGGAUGGGCCACCUCACCUUGUUGACCUGGUCGGGGCCAGGUCAGCUGGCCCGCCACCCACCCGGGCACCGCACCCAUCACAUUACAUUACAUUACGCCGCAAGACACCCACACGCAUAACGCCGGCAUCACGAUGACGACGGGCGGGGGGAGCGCUCGACCGCAUAGUGACGCCUGACGCCUAACGCCUAACAAGAUGGCGAUGGCGAUGACGGGAGAGAGGCCAGCAACGACCAACGCGUGUGCCAGGUCAGGCCAGGCCAUCCCAGGCCAGGCAGACGCGGACGGACGGACGUCGGGUCACCGGUGGCCGUAUCUGGCUACCGUGCCUUUUUUAUCCUGGGGGGACGGUCGGUCGCGGCACCCCUGUGUGCGACGCUACACCGGUCCCGUCAGCCCCGGGGGUCGGGUCGGUCGCGAGAUAUGGCCCAGCCCAGAUGCCAGCCAAGGGCGGCGAGAGCGUGCCGGGGGCCCUGCCGUAUCGGAGGCAUUCCAGCAGGACGAAUGCGAUACCACGGCGGGGCGCUGAUUGGGCAAUGGCGACGGUGCGGCUACUCGCGGGCAUCGCUAAUGCAGCAAGCGGGGAGCCACGUGACGCCGCACCGCCCGAAGUGGCAAUCGCAUGCUGCAGGGGCAGGCCUGACUGGCUGCUUGGGGGCGACACGGGCGAGACGGGGCAGAGCUGCCAGACCCUGGGAUCGAGCCCCAGCCGGUGGGGACGCGGCAUCGGUCGGCGCUCGCGCGCUGCGUGCGUGCGUGCGUGGGUCUCCGCAGAUGCGAUACUGGCCUGGGUGGGUGGGGGCGAGCCGCAGGUUAGGUUAUCAAUGGAUCAUGCUGUCUGCGGCCGGAGGACACUCGGAGCCCAGUGUCUGGGACACGGCCAGUUUCUGUGACUGAUUAGCCCCGAGGGUGCUUCUGGGUUUGUUCUAGAGCCCUCUCUGCCCCCUCCCCCCCGUUUGCUGCUAUCGCCUGAGCCGCGAUGGAGCGAGGACCGCUUACCCACCCGACCCCCGGUCCCGGGGAAGCCCUGCCCGCCCGCCUACCUGCCUGCCUGCCUACCAUCCUGCUUGACCGGGGUGUAAUCAGUGCCGUGUUUUCUCGUGGGAGGGGGCGCCCCUCGAGUAAUUGUAAUACAGUACCAAGCGUCG